UUAUCAAAUUGUUAAAAAAAAAUAAAAACACGAACUAAUUACUUAGAGUUUGGUGUAACUAUUGAUUAAUAACAGGAAUUAUUAACUUAAUUAUGGUUUAUUAUUUAUGUUUUAGUCAAUAGUCACUAGUCAGUGUCAAAAAUUAAAGCUAAUUUAAAUUAGUUGAUAUUAAUUUUUAAAUGGACAACUAACAAGUAUCAGAUAAGCGUAGAUACAUUAUGUCCGCAUUCUCAGAAAGUUUGUGAGCUUUUUUAAAAGUGUAAUUUUGGUUAUAAAUAAGUUUAAGGUACCUAACGUAUUGAACAAUGCUUCCAGGACGUGGAGUAGGUUGUUUGCCGGAUAAUCCUUUGGGUCUUUCUUGGCAUGAUAGUAAUUGGAUUCCGAUGCUCAACUCUAAUAACAUACUAGACUACUUCUCGGAACGUAGUAAUCCAUUCUACGAUCGAAGUUGUAAUAAUGAAGCUAUUAAAAUGCAACGGCUCAGUAUGGAUCAACUGAGUAAUAUGAUUGGACUGGAGUAUUGUCUCCUUCAUGUGCAAGAACCAAUUUUGUACGUAGUACGUAAACAACACAGACAUUCUCCAACACAUUCUACACCAAUUGCUGAUUUUUACAUUGUUGCUGGAAUAGUUUAUCAAGCACCAGAUCUUCUUUCAAUUAUUAACUCUCACAUGAUGUCUUCGGCGUACCAUUUAGAAACUGCAUUUGAAGAACUAAACUCAUUAGCUAGAUUUCAUCCAUCUAAAGGUUAUUCAUGGGAAAAUCGUAGACCUGGUCAGCCUACUGGUCCUGUAACUGCUCCUCCUCCAUCUCCAGUUAAGGUUACCGGCAAGAGAGACAUUGAAGAAGCUAGUUCCCAAUUUCAAAGAUUACGAGUAGAUAUGUUGUUAGUCGAAUUAACAAGAAAGUUUCCUUUACCUUUACCUCAACCUCUUGCUGCAACACCUCAAAAUACUAUAAAUAAUCAACAAACAAAUGAAGUAAUUAAAAAAGAAGUGAAACAAGAAAUAAAACAGGAAAUGAUUCAAGACAUAAAUAUUAAACAAGAAUCUCAACCUACUAACUCGUUAUCACCAUCAAUGAGACCACCUCCAGAAAAAAAGUUUAAGCCCGCAUAAUGCAUUUAUUAUGUAUAACAUAUAUAUAUGUAUUAUUUAUGUACAUAAUCUGCAUUUUAUAUUCAGAUUAAAGUGAACAUAUAAAGUA